UCUGCGAAUGACCAACCCAAAAAGUGCCGAAGAGGGUCUAAACUCUAAACCCUCUCGCAGGAGCGCAAGCGCGGAGAGCACUGAGCCAUGAACGUCGACGGCAUCGUAAGAGAUGAAACAAACCUCGCCGGAAAAGCUGCGGAGAAAGAGUACUCAUACGAGGAGGAAGAGGAAGAGAGGAUGGUUGAAGAGUUAGGAAUGUACAGAGGGAAGGUGAGAUUGGUGAACAGUGAAGAGCCAGCAGAGGAGAUUAUGUUGCUUUGGGGAAUUCAACAGCCAACGUUUUCAAAGCCCAAUGCCUUCGCCCGUCAAACUUCUCUCCAGCUCCCUAUUGACGCUUGUGGCCGCUCUCUCUCCAUUCUUCAGUCCCCUUCUAACCUGGGUACUCCUGGAGUAACUGGUUCUGUAAUGUGGGAUAGUGGAGUGGUCCUUGGGAAAUUCUUGGAGCACGCUGUAGAAUCAGGAAGAAUUCAUCUUCAAGGCAAGAAGGUUGUUGAGUUGGGCUCUGGCUGUGGAUUAGUUGGCUGCAUUGCAGCUCUUUUGGGUGGUCAAGUUAUUCUCACUGACCUACCGGAUAGACUGAGGCUACUGAAGAAAAAUGUAGAGGCUAAUUUGUAUGGAGAUGUAAGAGGUUCUGCAACAGUGGAUGAGCUCACAUGGGGAGAUGAGCUAGAUCAUGAUAUAAAGGAUCCUUUGCCAGAUUAUGUACUUGGAUCAGACGUGAUUUAUAGUGAGGGAGCUGUCAUGGAUUUGUUAGCAACACUUCUCAACCUCUCUGGUACUCAGACAACAGUUAUUUUAGCUGGAGAACUCCGGAACGAUGCUAUCCUUGAGUACUUCUUACAAGCAGCUGCAGAGGAUUUCACUAUUGGCCGUGUAGAUCAAAACCAGUGGCAUCCAGAUUGUUGCAGUCCUCGAGUGGUAAUAUAUGUUUUGGUGAAGAAGUAGAGAAAAGAAAAGUAAGAAUCAAGGCUGACAAAGAAAUGGCACGAGCCAUUAGAACAUUGGAGACUCAUUCACAAAAUGGAACCAACGAUAUACCUGUGCUUCACAUAUGAUCUGCUAAAGUGUUCUACUGGCUUUCUUUCUGUGUAAUCCAGUUGUACCAUUGGGUAGAUAAACCAAUGACCUAAUUGUUUUUCCUCAUUGACGAUUUAGUGAUUUUCAGUCAUGUAAAUGUCAUGUCCAUCUGUUAAAUAGUGGGGCUUGUUAUGCAAAGGUCUAUGCAUUUGGCUUUGGUUCAUUCUCUUGUUAAUGGUUGAAUCAUUUGAAGGUUGUGCUUGGAAAUUAUUAAUAUCUCUUAUUUGGUA